CUGGCGUGAGUUCUUAUUAGUUCAGACUCUCUUCUCCUCUCGCCCACUCUCUCCCUCUCUCUGAAAAUCAAAGUGAAAUGGCUCUGAAGCUGAGCCCUCUCCCGCUUCAAUCUCAGAAGGUGCCAUGUUUUGGUUUUCCUUCGACAUCCAAUCUCAGAACUUCUUCUUCUUCUUCUUCUCCUGCUUCCAGGGUUUUCAUGGCUUCUACCCUUCGCUACAAUUCCAAUGUGGUUGAGAAUGUCAAGAAGCCCUUCAGCCCCCCUCGCGAGGUACAUGUCCAGGUCACCCACUCCAUGCCGCCACAGAAAAUCGAGAUCUUCAAGUCCUUGGAAGAUUGGGCAGAGCAGAACAUCUUGGUACACUUGAAGCCCGUUGAGAAGUGCUGGCAACCACAGGAUUUCCUGCCCGACCCCGCCUCGGAGGGGUUUCAUGAGGAGGUUGAGGAACUGAGAAAGCGGUCCAAGGAGAUACCUGAUGAUUAUUUUGUCUGCUUAGUCGGAGAUAUGAUCACGGAGGAAGCUCUCCCUACUUACCAGACAAUGCUUAACACCCUUGAUGGUGUCCGGGAUGAGACCGGUGCAAGCCUCACAUCUUGGGCUAUCUGGACAAGAGCCUGGACUGCAGAAGAAAACAGGCACGGGGAUCUGCUCAACAAAUAUCUGUACCUGUCUGGAAGAGUUGACAUGAGACAAAUUGAGAAGACGAUUCAGUAUCUCAUCGGAUCAGGAAUGGAUCCCCGGACGGAGAACAGCCCCUACCUUGGAUUUGUCUACACAUCCUUCCAGGAGAGGGCGACCUUCAUUUCCCAUGGAAACACCGCCAGGCUUGCCAAGGAACACGGCGACAUCAAGCUGGCACAGAUCUGUGGAAUCAUUGCUGCAGAUGAGAAGCGCCAUGAGACUGCCUACACUAAGAUUGUGGAGAAACUGUUCGAGAUUGACCCUGAUGGCACGGUGCUGGCAUUCUGCGACAUGAUGAAGAAGAAGAUCUCGAUGCCUGCCCAUCUGAUGUAUGAUGGCCGGGAUGACAGCCUGUUUGAGCAUUUCUCAGCUGUUGCGCAGCGGCUGGGGAUUUACACAGCCAGGGAUUAUGCAGACAUACUCGAGUUCCUUGUUGGGAGGUGGAAUGUGGAGAAGCUAACAGGCCUCUCUGGCGACGGGCGGGCCGCCCAAGAUUACAUAUGCAGCUUGGCGCCGAGAAUCAGGAGGCUGGAAGAGAGGGCCCAAGGCAGGGCUAAGGAAGGACCCACCAUCCCUUUCAGCUGGAUUUUCGACAGAGAAGUGAAACUGUAAGAGUGAGGUCAGUUGCAAAUGGCAGUUCUAAAAAUCAUAGUAUGUUUCUCUCUGGUUGCAUGAGAAUUUAAGUUUCUAUGGGUUUCUUUUUUCCGGUGACGAGUUUUGAGUGUCUAGAUGUAUGUAGAUACUCUAUUUCAUGAUAUAGUCAGAUAAAAGUUGGAAUUUGGGAUGUGUCUUCA